AUGGAUGAAAUUUACAAGGUUGCAUCCACAGAAAGGAUCCAACUGUUGGAGAAAGAACUGGCUCUGCAAUUGACUGAACUGAAGUCUGAAAUAGAAGAACAGGGGAUUCUUCAGGGAACAGCUCGUGGACCUUACUGCUCUGUUCGAAUACCAAAGGACAUUUCUUACUUUAGAAGAGAAAGAGAACUGGCACUAAAGCAAACUUUACAGGUGGCUGAGCCAAAGCCCCUUGUCGUUCAAGCAGAUGUCAUGCAGAGGGAGCUAGAGAGCUGCCUAAGAAGAGAGUACACGCCUGAAAAUUUACCUUUGCUUCUGUUGCAGAAACAAGUUGCCUACAUUAUGCAGGAAUACAAUGAUGCCCUUCAAAGAGCUGAAAGAUUGUCUGUUGCUCGAGAAAACUUCCUUAUGGGAAAAAACAAUCCUCCUAAUUUAGUGACACAGGAAGACCUGACCAUUUACACAAAAUGGCUAGUGUGUCACCUGCACUCACUCAGGACUAUUCACCACUAUCUGCAGGCACUCCAGUAUCUGCCUAUUUCCAAAGUGCUGAGGGUUACUGUCGAUGAAGUCCUUGAGGUUAGUCAGAAAAAUGAGAAGUUCUGUGUUGGAGAUACUGACCCUGACAUACAGGGUUCUGCAUCUCCAGGCCCUACAGAUGCCAGCAUUUCAGGGUCGAUGAGAACAGAAGCUCCUUUUGUCCUACCCCAACACACGACAGAAACAGAAGACCUGAAACCUCAGCUGAGGCGCCUGCUCUCCCAUUUCAAUAUCCCGUAUGACGUGGAGGAGCUAGUGGGUGCCGCUAAGGAAAUGGAACUUUUUUCCUUGGUCUCCCAAAAAUUUCAAAGCAUCUUCAUGGAGCAACAGAGAAUGCAAACAUUUCCAGACUAUGAUGCUGGGGUAGCUAAAGCAGCAAAUUGGGGCUUGGCAGCAUCUUGUAUGGCCUUGAAAAAGAAAGCCAACUGGAUUUCAUUUAUAAAGAUUAAGCCCAAAUGUGAUCCUUGGCAAAAAAAGCUUUUGACCAAACUAAAAGAACAGAGGAGAAUAGAUGCAUUAAUGCAACUUCAAGCUAAGUUUUUGAAGAUUUCCAAGCCUGAGCGAGUAAUGCAAGUACUCCAAGAUCAUGCUGCAAAGACAGUCACGCUGGCUCCCUCUCAUCCAGCUUUCAUGGCUUCCCAAGUUUUGCACCAGUGCAACUAUGAUCAAAUCUGGGAGGAUAUUUAUAACAACAUCAAGCUCUACCAGGAUGCUGACCUUCAGGAUACUGUCCAGGUGGCCUGCAGACUGUUCCCUAACUUGAGUUUGUCUGGUUGCGUGGAGAUUAUAGAUCUGGAGGAAGAUGAUCCAGAGGGGAAGCACCCUUCUCACCACAGUACAGCAGACGCUGUCGGCAUGGCAAUGCCUGCGGGUGUUGCUCUUGAUCAUGUGGUGAAGCUACUACUGGUGUUUGCCAGAUUUCUCCACCAUAAAGUUGCCAUUUUUCUCUUGAAUGAGGAGGGUUUUUUAAAUUAA